GUCUUGAGUCAAGUUAGGAAUCAAAGUAUUCAUAGAAUAAGAAAAACCAAACUAGAGGAGGAGGUAAAGCAUGUGAAUAGAUUCCAUGCUUCCUCUUUUCCCAACAAAAACUUCACAAGCAAUUCCCUUUCAAUGGCUUCUCUCAUUCUUCAAGUUCUUGAUGAGGAGAAUUUCCAUCUUUCUCUCUCUGUAUAAAUAAGAGAUUAUCUUAGCCAACUUAUUUGGGCAACUCUCUCUAACUUUUUCUAAUAAAGAUGGGAAUGCUUAUGAGUGUGAUGGGGAAAGGGGUUCCUUCAGUGAGCACGUUAACAGAUACGCUUUAUGGGCAAUUUGUUAAAAAAGAUGUCAAAGAAUUUGAUGACUUCCAUAUUGCUGUCCUUGAUAUCUUCAGCACGGUGAAUGCCGCAUUGCCUGGAAAGCAUUACGAUGUACCACCACUUGAUGUCGUGGAGAGUUUUUACGAUAGAUGGAAAAGCCGCAAGGAAGAGGAGAAAAAGGAUUUAUUUGUGAAAUUUAUGACGUCUAAUAUAAGUCUUAGUACAUUGGACGAUGUCACAAUAAUGUUAGGAGUAGCAGCACCACCAGCAGCCAUGGCAAUGAAAAGAGCAGGAGAAUCUAUUCCACAGCUUAAUAUGAUCAAAGUAAUUCCUGACGUUAUCUUUGUACCUACUGCAACUUUGAUAACCUUAAUUUCUUUGAAACUCUCAAGAAGGGCAGCUCAAAGGAAACAAAUCAGUGAUGCAUAUGAGGAAGGGAAAAAAUGAUGAGAAUGAGUUUCUAUCAACAUGUAUGCAAAUUAUAUGUACAAAAACUUAUGACUGAUAACCGUUAAUCUGGCAUUUGUUUUUUGGGUUGUGAAGUGAAAAGCAUAUAGCAUAACCCAACCAAAUUAGGGAUUCAAAGACUGAUAUCUGUUUAGAAAUGGGAAGCCGAGUUUGAUCAAAUCACAGAGUGUUUCUUCGUGCAGAUACUAUAAGUCACUACGUAAA